AGCACUUCGUGUCAAGCCAGAAAGCAUGGGGAUCAAGGUCGUGGUGUACGCCCUGCUGGCGCUGGCGGUCCUGGCUCACGCAGAGGACGCCCAGCAGCAGGCUGAGAGCGUCGAGACGCUGCACGACGCCGCCGCCCCCGCUGCCGACGCCACAGCCGACGCCACCACCGCUUCAGCAGAGUCCACCAAAAAACAGGAGAAGCGCGGCAUCUUCGGCGAAGGAUACGGCUACGGCCUAGGCCUCUCCGGAGCAUACGGUGGAUACGGGGGAUACGGAGGGUUGGGCGGAUACGGCGGAUACGGAGGGUUGGGCGGAUACGGAGGGUACGGUCUGGGUGGAGGAUACGGCCUAGGUGGCGGAUACGGCCUCAGCGGUGGGUACGGGCUCGGUCUCGGAUACGGAGGAUACGGUGGGUACGGCAUCGGACAGAGUAUCCACAAGUCGAUUACUGUCACCAAGCAAAUCCCUGUGCCUGUACCGCACCCUGUUCCCGUUCCAGUCACCAGAAAUGUUCCAGUGCCACAUCCUGUUCCAGUCCCAGUGAGGGUGGAGCGCCCCUACCCCGUGUCUGUCCCUAGCCCCGUUCCAGUGCCCGUGGAUCGCCCCUACCCUGUUCCAGUGGAGAGGCCGGUUCCAGUGCCCGUCCCCCACCCCGUUCCGGUGCCCGUUUCCAGGCCGUACCCCGUGCCCGUGCACAAGCCCAUUCCCGUGCCCGUGCACAAACCUGUCCCCGUGCCUGUCCCUCACCCGGUCCCCAUCCCUAAACCCGUGCCGGUAGUAGUGAAGGCCAUCGACGCUCACCCGAUCGGUCUCGGCAGCUACGGUGGCGGUUUCGGCCUCGGCGGAUACGGCGGCGGGUACGGUGGUGGCUACGGAGGAUACGGUGGCUACGGAUACGGUGGCUACGGCCACUAAACGAAUCUGUUAAGUGGUCCACGUCGACAUCUCACUUUCAUUGCCACCAUCAACAUGUCAGUCACCCAUUUCUGGGUUCACGGCUGAAACACGAUCAUCACUAACGUCUUGCACCUCCACCUCCACAU